CUUUUUUUUGAAAAACUUUUUUCUUUGAUGUCUUUUAAUGUAUCAUGCUACAAGAAUUUAUUAGAAUGAAAAUUCUUGCAAGCGCAUUUUAUGAAAAUGAUGCGAAAGAGGAAAAUUUGCAAGAGACAAAAUAUAAAGAGAAUAAUCGCAAUAACGAUUAUUAUCUUUUAUCUCAAAUCCUGCCUUAUUACGAAUAUGAAGAUUUGAAAUGUGAAAUGCGCAACCGAAAAUUAAAAAAUCGCAUCAAGAUAUAUAAGAGUUUUGAAUUGGUGACCGCCGUCGCCGUUUAUCGAUCGAUCCACAGUCUUUCACUGCUAGUAACUGAACAUAUAUACUCCCACACCUGGUGUGUACUCGUUCCUAGCAACGAACUGUUGGUGAGCGACUCGUUCUACGCGACGGAUAACGGAAUUAUUGUAAUACUUAUAUCAAUGGUUUCAACGAGGACUACACAUAGCGAGAACAAAGAAUUAUUUCCUUUAGUGCCUGUUCGAGAUAGUAGUGACGCGAUAAGAAUCAUGAGAAAGAGAUCGUAAGAAUGGCUAAAUCCGCCGAGCCUACGAAGGGUAGAAAAUUGAGGAGAUCGCGCAAUGUGUCGUCCUUCUUGGAGGAAUCGACGGAGAGCGCGACUUCGCUGCCGAAACCGAUGAUGAGCGUUGUUGUGGAUGUUCAUAACGAAAAUUCAUUGAACCGCCAACACCGAGAUGACGAAAAUGGUCUCGCGAUCGAAUUCUCGAAUAAUAAGGAGACUAAACGAUCCUCUCAGAAAGUUUCCUCGCGAGCGAGUGAAGUGUCUCGGAAUCACUCCGCUGAUCGUGAAGCGAGGAGGAGGAGGAGAUCCUCGAACGAUCGUUCUUAUCAGUCGCAUGAUGAGGUAAUGACGAUAAUGCCAUUGGAUCUGAUAGACGAAUCCGAGAACAGGAACGAUUCCCGUGAGGAGAAAUCACAUCGCAGGAAGCAAUGGAACGCCGCGUCAAACGAGACAGAGCUAAUGGAUUCGAAAAAGCCACCGCGGAAACGUUGGUCCAAGGAUACCGGGGUCAUUCGGUUACCCGAGACGAGCGAUGACGCAUCUCCCUUGAUCGACGACUCGCAACGUAAAGUUCCAGUUCCGGCGCCGCGAACCAGUAAUGUACCUCUCGUUUUUGACAAUCCAGCAUUCGUAUCCGAGGACGAAGUACUCCGCAUCGAGACCGAUCACAAUCGCGAGAGCACCAAGAUCGAGAUGGGAAAAAUGGGAAGCGAUUGCUCAAACGUCGAUGAGGUUGACUCAACAUCCAGUGGUUCUUCGAGAAAGAAAACAAACGAAAAAGAACAACAAAGAGAGCGACAUAUCAUGAACAGCAAUAGUUGGUCUUCGAGGACAACCAGAUUUGAACAGUCUUUGAACAGUCGAAAGAACAGCGCCGGAGAACUGGAUUCGUCGACGAGUUUGGGGAGAAUCACUGAUCGAUCGAACUCGAUGGCUUCCGAAAAUCGAACAUCGACAAGCGGUGACGGAAGACUUCAAUCGGAAGCGACGAUGCGAGAUCGAUCGUCGAAAGGAAGAGAGCGAUCGUUGUUUGAAAAGAAGAAGAUUUCCAUCAGUGACGAGGUCAUCAGCUCAUCAGCCGCGAAGGGUACGAUCGAUCCCAUGGUCAAAAGAAAGAAGAGAAAGAAACGGAAACAGGAGAAAGAAGAGACAAGGGAAAACGAGAGGAAAUACAUUUCCGUAACAAUUCAUCGGGCCGACAUGCUCGAAGAUGACUACGCGAAUGUGAAACGGCCAAUGGUGAUGAUUCACAUUGUGGAGGCUCGCACCGGCUCAUACCUGAAGAACAGCAAUGGCUAUCUUCGACCGUUAAUCACUGGCAAAUUCGAUUUCAGGGAGAAUAAGUCAAUGAUACCGAUCUGGGAAGAGGAACUUGUCUUCGAGCACGACUUUGACACGAUCUUGAAACACGAGGAUAACGAUCGGACGGUGAUCCUUUUCGAAGUGAUAGAUCUCUUAAGUUUUGCCGAAGCGAGCCUCGGCUAUGAUAAAAUCGGCAAAGAGGGAUGCUGGAACAAAAUCGCAUGGGCGUUCCUUAAACCCGUUGGAGUCAACAACAUUUUUCACACGGAUAAGAAAGUGCGAUUGCAGCUUUACAGACCUAGACGAAGCUCCAAGCGAUACAGGAAACACACAUGCGAGGUUUAUACGUGGUGGCAAUCAAACAACAGAGACAAAUAUCCGAGCAGUCUUCUGGUAACAGUGACUUCAGUUCCAUCAUCGAAAUCCGAAUCUGUUCUUCAUCAGCAAUUGCCGCUAAAUGAUUUUCUUGACGAUACGCAUAAUGAUUCACGAAGAGAACUCUCGACAGAGCGUCGCACAUCGGAGUCGAUUGGUCUCCCCAAAUGGGCGCGACUGGCCGCUCAGUCCUGUAAAAUCCCGAACGAGAAAAUGUUCGAGACAGAGGCGAGCGAGAAUGGCUCUUUCUAUGUCACCUUCAGCAACGACGGCAAGUAUUUGGCCUGCGUCCAUUCUGAAGAGUACAAUUAUCCAAUUGUCGUUUAUGAGAUCGAAACCGGCAAAAUUCACGUUCGAUUUCUCGGCCACAAAACUUUUGUGUACUCUCUAAAUUGGUCCAGCGACGAUUAUCACCUGCUGUCGGCGUCUGCGGACCAAACGGCGCGUAUCUGGGAUAUUCGCAAUCAGAUUGUGCAACACAUCGAGAUGCUGCCGCAUCCUUCGUACGUAUAUUGCGCCAAGUACGCUCCCGGCAAGAUGAUGAUUAUAGCAACAGGAUGUUACGAUGGAGUAGCUCGCAUCUGGGCAAACGAGAAGAAAAGGUCAACGAAGCAAGAGUUGAGCCAGGAAUUGGAAGGCCACGAGGGUUUCGUCAACUCCAUGGUCUUUCAAAAAAAUGGUAAUUUGAUCACGGCUGACAGUGUAGGAUCGAUAAUCCUUUGGACGGUUCGCCGAAACGAGAGGAUGUCAUCGAGGUGGGAAUGGUGCAUCGCGAGAAGGAUAAAAAUUCGCGAGAUUGAGGGAGUUGUCAUCAACACGAUUGUUCUGCAUCCUCUUGAGUCUAGACUUCUCGUGCACUCGAGGGAUAAUGGCCUGCGAAUGGUGGAUCUCGCGACCGGCGUGAUCUUGCAGAAGUACAAACAGUUAAAUAAUCAAAGAAUACAAUUGAGAGCUUGCAUAUCUCCCUGCGGAGGUUUGAUCUUGUGUGGCGGAGAAAAUUCCAUACUGAACAUCUGGAACUUGGAGACGGGUAAGCACGUGGCCAAAUACGCGAACGACAGACAUAGCUCGUCCAGAGCAGUCAUUUCUUGCGUAGAUUAUCAUCCCUACGAUCAUGUAUUGGCAUUCUCAACAUUCGGCAAUCCGACACCGGUCCGCGUCUUGAGAUUCAAUAAGAACGCGAAUGGCAGUGAUGUUGCAUUAAAUCUUCUCACGGAGGAUGCAUCGCGAGCUUGCGAUAAUGAAGUAAUCAUGAACGUCUCGGAGUAUCCUCUAUUCCAGCAAGGCAAAUCCAGUGGUGAUACAACAGCGAGGAAAGAAAUUUUCUCGUCUUCUUGUCCCGCUAAUGAUCACUCGAUGAUUCAGAUCGAGAGCGAUGAUUGCGAGCGAUCGUGGGCUACGCUCCGCCGUUUGAAAGAAAUGGAACGAUGCUGGAGAGAGAAGAGUCGGAAUCGCUUAUAUUGUAUUAUCGAAAAGAUCGAUUCAAUGUUGUCCAAGAGUUCAAUGUUUUUCGAAGAUGAAGGCGAACAGGUUUCGAGCCGUAUAAACGAGCGUCGUCGUUCCUGGAUCCAAUCAAAUACUAGUACAUCUAGCGACAUCGUUCCUAAAAAAGACAUAUUCCUUGAAGACUGCGCUGCAAAUUCCAUUAGGUAUCAGCAGGGUGAUUCUAACGAGAACGAUAACGCACGAUCCGAUUUGACAAAUCGCCAAAGUUGCUCUGAUUACCGCAAAUCGAUUUCAACUUCUUUUGAAAAAACAAAUGCGUUUGAGCCAAGUUCUCCGGACAGCGCCGGAACUUACAUUGUAGAAAUGUCGGAAUUGAAUGAAAACGUCGAUAAGGUGUCAAUCAUAGCCGAGAAGAUGGAUUCCAUACAACUAAGCGACAACUCGCUGGCCAGCAAUGUUACAUUUCUCAUAGAGAAUGAGCGAACAUGAGUAAUUUUUCUAUCAUGUUUUUUGUAUCAGUUUUCUUUUAAUAUGAUACGCUAUCUCUGUCAUAUGCUGUGCACAAUAUUUUAAUUAUAUAAAUAAUGUAAAGGUAUAAAAUGUAUACAUGCAGCGAAUAUCAUACAUAAAUUUAAUUUAUUGUAACUCUAUCUCGCUUUCUUCAAUUUAGAUCAAUAAAAAAAUAAACAUAAAUAUCUGUUACAAAUAAACCUCGUACGAAUUAACAAUAUACUUAAAGUAUGACAAUAAAGUAAAUUAUUCCAAUUUAGGAUCACGUGGCAGAAGCGACUAAUCAUGUAUCUAAAUAUGUGUAAUCAUCAAUGUAUAUGCGCUUAUGCUGUACGCGACAUACAGUUAAUGUUCUUUAUAUAUACGUAUGUAUACAUACAGAUGUGUGUGUGGAAUGUCAUUAUGUUUAGUUAAUUAUUAUACAUAGCCAAUCUUUGUUGUUAGAUAAUUAUAUUGUUUAAUGUCAUGAAAUGGUUGUGCUAAGUUAAACAAUAACAAAGAAAUUUAAAAGAAGACUUUUUGUUAAGGAAUACUUAAUACAAAUAAUAAUAAUAAUAAUUUUAAUAAUAAUAAUAAUAAUGCUUCUAAAAUUAUAUAACACAAUUAAUAAAAUGAUUUUAAUAACCAGAUACCUUGGUUUCUAAAUAAACUUUACGUUAACUUCAACAAUAAUACAUCUCUGUCUAACUGUACGAUAACAAAAAUGUAAUCUGUAAUAAAGAACGAUAAGCAAUAAAAGCGAAGCAAAAAUAAAAAAUGUCUAUGUAAUCAUAAAGUCUUUAAACAAAUUAAAAUAAUGAAAACGCUUCUUCAAUAAAUUGAACCUUGCUAUGCGCAUUAUAAUCUAAUGUGUCCGUAUCUUCUAACACUAAAAAAAAAA